AUGUGGACCCUUAUACAAGUAUAUAAUACAUUUCUAGGUUUCUAUCUAUCCUUAUCCUCCCGCAGUCCACUCUCGCACAUCCGCCCUCGCCCCUCGCUCCCCGCCGGCUGCCCCCUGUCGCCGCGGGCACCAACCAUGGCUGCCAACCUCCGCCGCCUCGCCUCGACGUCCACAUCCACCCUCUCUCGCCAGCCCCAGCCUCCUGGUCCUCCGCCCGCUCUCCUCCUCCGCCUCGCGCUCUCCAAUUCCGCCCCCUUCGCAACGGAUCCGCCGGCGCCCGCCAGGAAGGUGGAGGGAGAGGAAGCCGCGGGAGACAAGGGCGCUACCGACGCUGACGAGGGGAAGGCGGCAGCAGCGGCAGAGGAGCGGCAUGCACGUGAACAAGGCCACCGGCGAGAUCGGCGGCCCGCGCGGCCCAAGCCCACGCGGUACGGCGACUGGGAGCGUGGAGGCUGAACCACGUGAGUAUUUGACCACUGCUUCUCCACGGAUUUACUUGAAGAAGACAAGCUGAUGCCAUACAUUGGAGGAAUCUUAAAACAGCUACUUGGCAGCUACUCCAUCGACUGAUUCAUGCUAUUCAACUUUGAGGGAGGCAAGAAGGACAACCAAAUUGCCAGCAUUUACUCUUACUACGACAUGAGUGUGAUGGGUUAUCCACGUAACUAUGAAGGAUGCCCCUUGCUCACCAUGGAGAUGAUUCACCAUUUCCUGAGGUCUAGUGAAAGCUGGCUCUCGUUAAGCCAGGACAAUUUUCUGCUUAUCCAUUCAGAACAUGGGGGGUGGCCAGUCCUUGCCUUUGCAUUGGCAGCUCUACUGGUUUACCUCAAAAGGUGUAGUGAUGAGAGGAAGGCUUUAGGGAUGGAUUGCAGACAUGCACCAGAUGGGCUAGCUGAGCUAUUCUCACCAAUUGACCCAGUGCCUUCUCAGCUGAGAUACUUGAAUUAUGUGUCAAAAAGGCACACAUCACCAGAAUUGUGGCCUCCGGUUGACAAAAUGCUGAAUUUGAAUUGUAUAAUAAUCAGGAAGGAAGAAUGUGAGAUAAUCGAGGUUAAUGUUCAUUGUCCUGUGCAAGGAGACAUUGUAAUUGAGUGCAUCAGCCUGGAUGAGGACUUUGAACAUGAAGUUAUGGUGUUCAGAGCCAUGUUUAGCACAGCUUUUAUUGAAGACAAUCUGUUGGUGCUUGAUAGGGACCAGAUUGAUAUUCUAUGGGACACAAAACACCGAUUUCCUGUGGACUUCAGAGUUGAGGCUAUAUUUUCUGAUAUGGACAUGAGUACAACAAUUGGCAAAUCUAAGUUAUGAAGCGAGGAGAAAGAAAGCCUUGCAAAGGUUGAUGAUGCCUUCAGUCAUCUGGAUUUGUCAAGCAAAAAAUGAUCACAUCACAAAUCAUGAACCAGACCAGAAGGGAUUACACAAUGAACAUGAUGGCUUUGAUGCAAUACCUCUAGAGGAAACAGAAACCAGCAACUCAGCAGCUGAACAUAGCUUUGCUGGAUAGCAGAUCAGUUCAGAUUCAUCAUAUAGAACCAGCAGAUAACCAUUCUUCUACGCAUUCUUUACCAGAAGCAGAAGCUCCUGGACCAAACUCUCAAGGAGAUUAACUGUUCAAGGAUACAUCAGCACGGGAUGAGCCAGAAGUGGAUGGCACUAAGAAUGAACCCAAUUCAGAAACACCUAAAGAUGCAGAAGCUGGUGGUGCUGGAGCUGCAGAAUGGUCUGACAACAACUCAGAUGUGUUCCCGUCAGAUUCACCCUCAAGCAGUGCUCCUUCUAGCCCGCCAAAGUUCGACGAAGAUAUCCUGGAAGAAGCUGGAAUGGUUGAAACUCGAUCACAACCGACUGAACUGAAGAUAUAACGGGUGUGCCAAUUCCUUCUACUGCAAAUUGGGGCUCACCUGAUCCAAGAAUAAAUGGAUGAUGGAGAUGCCGAAAAUGUACUUGAACAGAUACGUUUACACAACACUAUGGGAAAAAGAUGGUCGGUCGGACCAUAAGCAUGUACAGUUCAUUUUUCUCAAACAUGUAUGAAAGAUUUAAGAUAUCUCCAAAUUUUGUUGAAAGUGUGCGUACCGGAGUAGAACUUCAAAUUCUUCCUACUA